UGAGAAAAACUAGAUUCCAAAAUAGAAUCAGAAACAACUCGGUCAUUAACAAGCAUAGCUGUAUUUACCAUCGACAACACAAUAGUAAACAAAGAAAUGUAUAAUCUAUUAGGAGGCCAUAAUAAAAUUGGUAAUCAUGAUACCGCCAAUGAGAAUGUAUCGAAAAAUCAUCGAACGUGUGGUCAAUCUACGAAUCGUAGUAUGAUUAGGUUGUGUAUAUAUAGCACAAUUUAGUUUCGAUACAAUUAGUUGCCUCGGAACUGUCAAAAGAUGAUCGCGACACUUCUACCAAUCACGCUAUUUUUAAUAGCGUAUUCUGUGUAUCUCUUUACCAGAAGAAAGUUUUCAUAUUGGGAGAAGAAAAAUAUUCCGCAUCUACCACCAACAACAAUCUUUGGUAACUAUUCAAACUUCAUGUUACAAAAACAAAACUUGGGGGACAAUACUCUGGAGCUGUGUAAAACAUUCCCUGACGCACCGCUCAUCGGCGCUUACUAUGGAACAGAACCCUCUCUCAUCGUCCAGGACCCGGAGCUGAUCAAACUGGUCACCACAAAGGACUUCUACUACUUCAGUGGCCGUGAAAUCUCAAACUAUGUCCACAAGGAAAUGUUCACACGUAACCUUUUCUUUAAUUACGGCGACAAGUGGAAGGCCCUACGUCAAAAUUUAUCACCUAUUUUUUCUUCCUCCAAAAUGAAGAACAUGUUCCCCUUAAUCAAUAAGUGUUCCUUUGUAUUUGAGGACAUGUUAGACCGAGAAAUUGGAAAUUCUAGCGUCCUCGAUGUGAGAACAAUACUGGCGCGGUACACAAUGGAUUGCAUCUGCUCUUGUGCAUUUGGUGUGGAAACGCAAACCAUGGAGAAAACAGAGAAUAACGUUUUCAAGACAAUGGGCGAUCUUACGGUCGACUUCAGACCGCUACCGGCUAUAAAGAACAUGGUCAGAACUAUGUGGCCAUCAAUUUUCUACGGUUUAGGGUUCAAGGUAAUGUCGACAGAUGUUGAUAAUUUCUUUAAUAAACUGUUAACCGAUAUUUUUGAAAAUCGGAACUAUAAACCCACAUCUCGAAACGACUUCAUCGAUUACAUGUUGAAGCUGAAAAAUAACAACCUUGUUGGAGAUAGUAUAAUGAAUUUGAAAUCAGAAGCAGGAUCAAAAGUAAAUCUAGAGAUCGACCAAGAGUUCUUGUUAUCACAAUGUGUUCUAUUUUUUGUCGCCGGCUUCGAAACGUCAUCGACUACAUUGACUUUUACUUUGUUUGAAUUGGCAAAGAACCCUGAAAAGCAAGCCAAGGCUAUUGAAGAAGUGGAUGCAUACUUGCGUCGUCAUGAGAAUAAACUUAAAUACGAGUGUGUCGCCGAGAUGUCAUACUUGGAAGCGUGUGUAGAUGAGGCGCUGCGCCUGUAUCCAGUGCUAGGAGUAGUGGGCCGCGAAACAUCAGAGGACUACGUGUUCCCCUCCGGCCUAAAGAUUGAGAAGGGUAUCCGGGUGCACCUGCCGCUGUACAAGUUACAUUACAACCCAGAUUACUUCCCGGACCCGAAGGAGUACCGACCGGAGAGGUUCUACGGCGAGGAGAAGCGCAACAUCAAGCCCUACACGUACAUGCCAUUCGGUGAAGGUCCGAGGAUUUGUUUAGGAAUGAGAUUCGCAAGAAUGCAGAUGGCAGCUGGCCUCAUAACGAUUUUGAAAAAAUAUAAAGUGGAGUUAGCGCCUGGUAUGAAGAGGGAUCUAAACUUUGAGCCUAAGUCGAUCGUCACCCAGCCGACCGAGGCCAUCAGAUUGAAGUUCGUUGAACGAGCAGGAUGGCAAACCAGGCUCCUGGCAAAGUAAUAGCCUAAAACUGGCAAUGUUAACGGAAUAUUCUUAUACCCAGUGUCUGCCAGCGUUCUUUCAAUAUCUAAAAGCUUAAGUCCGUUUUGUAAGAUCAAAACUCAAUCACAAUCACUUAUAUAAUAUGUACAAUUUGUGUGAGCAGUUAGCUCACACAAAUUGUAUACCUCAGUAGAGGCCUGUGUUAUUUCUUUGAUACAAUAUUUAGAUAAAAUGUUCCAGGUAGAGCUUGAUCAUAUUAGUAGAGUUAAAAAUUAAUUAGGACCUAAGUUUUAAGUAAAAUGUGUAUAUAUAUAAUUAAUUUUAUAAAAUAAUUUAAUAUUUUGAACCGAUUGAUAAGAAUAAAUAAUGUGAUAUUAUUUUAAUUACUUUAAUGAAUUCGUUUGAUAUAAUACAGACUGUGAAUAGAAGACAUAGAACUAUUGUUUUUAUGAAAAUAUUCUGAUGCUUACGAUGUUCAAGGUGAAAACUUAUUUGACGUAUCCAUGUUAUGUUUUAUAUCUACCUCUGCUCUUUUCCUGCGCUAUAUGUUAGUAAAACAUAGCAAUGAUUUAUUUUAUUUAACAGAGGGAGUGAGGGUCCCAAGAUAAAUCUUGAAGCAAAGGAAUACAUGUAUUGUAGUGUGCAGUCUCGUCUUACCUACAACAAUCGUCUCUCUUUUAAAAGUACUGAACGCAUUGUAUAUAACAUAUACUUGCAAUUUAUUCAUUUCGAUUUCUAGUUGCAAGCCUCGCAAAACAGGUCUUAGAGUAUGGAAUAAUGUUUGAACUUACUCGUAAUAGCUUACUAAUAUGUCUAAUGACGUAACUUAAAUGUAGUUCAAUAUAAAGUACGAGUACUACUACAAUAACACAAAUCAAUAAUCAGCCCAAGGUCGCGUUUAGAACUAUCUGCUGUUGAUAACACGUUGCGUCUAAUGAUAGUAAAUAGUUCAAUUAUUAUUUACAUUUAAAUGAUGAACUGACAAAUACACUUGUUUUCCUUAA